UACAUAUAAAUUUAUAAAUCCAAUUUAUACAAAACCGAAGCAAAGCAAACAAGAAUGAAAAGAUUGAAAGAAGUUGAAUUACCAUUAACAUAUAUUUUUGCAAGCGAAAUUAGAAUGUCAAACAUAAACGGAAGAAACAUGUAGGAUUAAUAAUACAACUAAAGACGUAAAUUGUAACAUUAUCGCUUAUAUGCAAAUAUUAUUUUUUUUGUCAUAAUUGUUAUAUAAUUUAUGGAAUACUCCAAAAUUGUUUAUCCUUAUUUUAAAACUAUUUUACCAAUUAUACCAGCACUUAUCGUUAUGUCCAGUCCGGAGAGUGUGUUUUAAAGCUAUUUAGAAAACGGAAUCGAAAACUGAAUUUAUUUCAUAUGUAACCAUGUAACUUUUAUUUUUUGUAAGCCUCUAACUGCCUAAUGGUCUUAAAACGCACUGUCCUCAUGUCCUAUUUUUUGUAUAACCAAACACGAUUUUUCUUCGUAUCUUUUGAUAAUUUUUGUAACAUCCUUUUGACAUUUUGUUGUCCCCGUUUAUGUAUGUUUUAGUUCUUAAGUAGUUUCUAAGGCUGUGUAACUAACUAAGCAUAAGUACUAACACUUUUUGCGUAUGGCCAGGUGUGGAGAGGGAUCUUUAUUGCCCCCGAUCCCGAUCGAUGUAACUGAGUUUGCCGGACAAUUUUUGUUUAUUUCGCAACCUUAUCCUAAUUUUGAGGCCUCCGGCCAGAGGCUCCUCCGAUAAACAGAAAUUGGCAAGUGCACUUACUAAACGUAUAACGAGGAUUAGCAUGUAAUCGGGGAGGAAUCGGAAUAAUAGAGCAGCUCUAAGUACGUUUAGCCAGCAGACAAACUAAUAUUAACGUUUUGUAACCAAGUUUUCUAAGGCCACAGUGGAGGUGGAAGAGAAGCAUUGGCCAAAAAGCGAAAAGAAUAACAAGAAACUAGAUGUUUAAACAGGCGAAAUGAUUAACAAGACAAACUGAUGCGAAAUAAUUAGUCCACAUUUAGUCUAAAGAAACCAUGCUAAAGUAAAUCUACAAACUAAAGCGAAUUCAGUUGUACUAAGUAAAUAUAACAAACGGAUAAUAUUGUACCAUGGAAAGCUAAAACAUAAACAAACGAAAUGAAAUGAAACAUUAUCUAGCAAUAAAAUAAAACGAGUGAUUUCAUUGCCACAAGCAAAGCGGUUCGGUCCAGAUCGAUGGAUUAAAAUGGAUUACAGUGGGCGAGAGGCGCUAAUUUGAGCCAGAGUGGGUCAAGAGGAGGCUCCAAACCGGUUGGCCCCAAAAAUAGCUGGCUCUGGAUGAUAUUGGCUCAAGAAAAGGGAAAGGGAAUCCAUUCGGCGGCUAGUUGGCCGAUAAAUGGCAUCGGCUUUGGACCAACGAAGGUUUUUUUUGAUUUCCUAUUGUUGACUCUUUGAAAGAUUGGCUGCAAAUGCUACGAACGACACAAGAGCGAAGACGACGCACCACGUGUGACUCAUUACAAAUGCCAAUCACAAGCCAAACUCGAAAACUUGUUUCAGCCGGACCAAGAGAAGUGCACUUAAAAGAAAUCCCACCCGAAAUAAAAGUGGCUUUUAUUACCAAUUUCUUUCUCUGUUGGGGGAGACUCUUUAAGCUGUUUGCGAAUGGAGCCCACCGAGCAGUAGUCGAUCAGCUGGCGGCGAUGAGCGACACCGAGAAAUGCAUUCGCUGUGCCCCCGGCUCAUUUUGUGAGAUAUCCACCCCGCUGCCCUCCAGUCCCCCAGUCCCGGAGAAUCGCCAAAUGCCAGCUGGUGUGCUGGUUAUUUGCUGCCUGGAACACACCCGCAAUGUAUCGCAACGUACUCUGCCUGGCCCUGGGUCUCAUCAUCGGCAUUCGGCUGACGGAUUUCUUCGAGUAUCUGCAGCUGACCGAAACGUACUUUGGCAGCACGGCUAUAACGCAGCUCGAGGAUGAGGCCACGCCCCAGCAGCCGACGGAGGAGGAGCUGGCCCGCUGGCUAUACAACGAGACACGGGUGCUCUGCAUGGUGCUGACCAUGCCGAAGAACCACCAGUCGAGGGUCAAGAGGGUGAGGGCCACGUGGGGCAGGCGCUGCAACAAGCUGGUCUUCAUCAGCAGCCAAGAAGAUAGUGAACUGGGCGCCAUCGAUGUGGGCGUCCCCGAGGACCGAAACAAUCUGUACCUGAAGAUGAGGAAGGCCCUGGAGUAUGUGUACCAGAACUAUGUAGAGGACUACGACUGGUUCCUCAAGGCAGACGAUGACACCUUUGUGAUAAUGGAAAACCUGCGGUUCCUGCUCUAUCCCUACGAUCCCGAGGCAGCUCUCUACUUCGGCCACAGAUUCCGGACCACCUAUCCACAGGGCUACAUGUCCGGAGGAGCUGGCUACGUGAUGAGUCGGGAUGCCCUGCGUCGGCUCAACCUCUUUGCCUUCAACAACAGCCAGUUCUGUCCGAUUAACAACUUGUCAGAGGACAGACAGAUUGGCUUCUGUCUGCAGAAUGUGGGCGUGGUGGCUGGGGACUCCCGCGAUGAGGAAGGUCGGGAGCGAUUUCUGCCCAUGUCCCUCAAAUUUAUGCUGCCUAAAUUUCCCACCACCAACUGGCUUAUCAAACUGACCUUUUAUGAGCCAGCCAAUGAAACUGGUUCGACCUCGGGGAUUAGCUUUCACUAUGUCAAGAACCACGAGUUCGAAAUGUAUGAGUUUCUGCUUUAUAGACUGCGCGUUUUUGGAACCCCCUUAUCCCAGAGGUCGCUGCCUCCCAGACUGGAUCCCAAACAACUGCAGAACCAGCUUUAUCACUGGUCCCACGAAAACAGCACCAAUCCUAACGCCUGGCUAAACUAAGAUUAACAGAACAUUCCUAUACCAGUAGGAGAUAUUUAAGACUCAUUCUAGCAGUAAACACAUAGUCCAAUAGAAACAGUUUUAGAAUUUGAUAGCUUAGAGUAGGCAACUAUCUGUAUAAUUUUAAAAGCCAUAUUUUAUUAAUUUAGUUUUACUUAGCUCCUUUAAUCUGUAUGCGACUAUUGUAUUCACUAUCUCUUUGCUAUUUUUGCUGCGCUUGUUGAUUGCUAAAUGUUUUACUAGUUGUGAAUUAAAUAUAUAUGAUACAUGUGGAAGAAAGAAAAUUGUGUGCAGAAUGAAACUUAGAAA